UACACCUUCUCUUUCCCAUCUCCAACCUUACAAUUGACCCUCCAACCCAUCAUAUACCCCCACCCACAACAGCACAUUUCCAAGACAAUAGCAACCAUGGUUCAAGCCAGUGAAGUCCUGUCCCGCAAGACCGGUGUCAUCGUCGGCGACGACAUCCUCACGCUUUUCAAGCACGCUCAGUCAGAGGGUUAUGCCAUCCCCGCCAUCAACGUCACUUCCUCUUCCACAGUUGUCGCUGCCCUCGAGGCUGCCCGCGACGCAAAGUCCCCUAUCAUCCUGCAACUGAGCAAUGGAGGCGCCGCAUACUUUGCAGGCAAGGGCGUAGCCAACGGCAAGCAGGAGGCCAGCAUUGCUGGUAGCAUUGCUGCUGCCCACUACAUCAGGUCCAUUGCCCCUGCAUACGGCAUCCCCGUUGUUCUCCACACAGAUCACUGCGCCAAGAAGCUCCUGCCUUGGUUGGAUGGUAUGAUGGAUGCCGACGAGGCUUACUUCAAGGCUCACGGAGAGGCUCUGUUCAGCUCGCACAUGAUUGAUCUUUCUGAGGAGCCCAAGGAGUGGAACAUUGCCACCACCAAGAAGUACCUCGAACGCGCUGCGCCAAUGAAGCAGAUGAUUGAGAUGGAGAUCGGUAUCACCGGAGGAGAGGAGGAUGGUGUCAACAAUGAGGACGUCGACAACAACUCCCUCUACACUCAACCCGAGGACAUCUACGACAUCUACAAGGAGCUGUCCGCUGUCUCUCCUCUCUUCUCCAUCGCCGCCGGCUUUGGCAACGUCCACGGUGUCUACAAGCCCGGAAACGUCAAGCUCCGCCCCGAGCUCCUGCAAAAGCACCAGGCUUACGUCAAGGAGAAGACCAACUCCAAGGAUGACAAGCCCGUUUUCCUCGUCUUCCACGGCGGUAGCGGUAGCUCUGUUGAUGACUUCCGUCAAGCCAUCUCAUAUGGUGUCGUCAAGGUCAACCUCGACACUGACAUGCAAUGGGCCUACCUCUCCGGUAUCCGGGACUACAUCCAGUCCAAGAGCGGCUACCUCCAGACCCAAGUGGGUAACCCCGACGGUGAUGACAAGCCCAACAAGAAGUACUACGACCCCCGUGUCUGGGUCCGUGAGGGUGAGAAGAGCAUGUCUCAGCGCAUCAAGGUCGCUCUUGACGACUUCUACACUGCUGGCAAGGCUUAAAUGGCUCUAACUGAGCCGGAAUUGGCGUCAAGCUCGGCCUCUCAGUGAGGCAGGCGUUUGCGAAUGAGCAUAAGCUAAAACUGCAAGCAUUGUUACAAGGAGUCAACGGUCCUGGUGAUGAGGUUGGUGAACGGUGCAGAUGUAUGUAAUAGACUACGAAGCAAUGUCCAGAUAUGAAAGAAUGUAAAAUAUAUUGAUCAACCCUCUUGUCAUCAAAUAGCGGCAUAACUGCAAUGUACGGUCAUAGAAGUUGUAUUCGUGGAGGCUGAUAUAUGGAUUUGUUGGGUGUGUGGGGCUAAUGUAGUCCAGAUAAAGAGUGCAAGGCCGUAAUUUCCCAC